AUGAGAGAUUUUAAUAUUUUAAAGAGCUUUAGCCAGAAAAUUUAUUUCGUCGGUUCUGGUAAUUUCUGGUACGAGGGCGAAGUUGGAGAUGAUCGUAAUUCGAUUUAUAGGAUCUAUAGCGUAAUCUUGUUCUUUAUUUAUGGCUCUAUGACGGUCUUGGAAAUAUUUGCUGCUCUUUUCGGAAAUUUCCCUAAAGAUGAAAAAGGUGAUUGCGUAACUUUCGCUGUAAGUCACACCAUCGUUAUGAUAAAGAUGUGCUACGUCAUUGGCAACAAGCAGCUUAUCCGCAAAUUAAAUUACGAUAUGGCGACAGUCUGCGAAGAAUUCGAGGAAACGUCGUUGCAGACAAAGAAGUAUUACAAUAUUAAAGUAAAUCUCAUUGCAUAUUUUGUGGCAGUCUACUUUUCAGCCGCUUGUUUUGUGUUUGAAGGAUUAAGAAAAGUUAAGGAAGGUUCUCACUUUGUAACCAUCGUGACAUAUUAUCCUUCUUUCGAAGAUGAUUCGUUUCCAGCGACUGUAUUUAGAAUUUACUGUACAAUUGUACUGUUUAUGAUGAUGCUAUCGAUGAUAAUGACAGUGGAUGCUUUUACAAUGGUCAACCUGAUUAUUUUUAAAUACAAAAUUAUAACAUUGAGAAGAUACUUCGAAAGGAUAAGCCAAGAUUUCAAAGAAAUGCAUAAAAUUAACCAGAGAUUGGCUGUUGAACAUUUAGCAAAAGGAUUAAUAAAAGGGUUUAAGGUGAACAAGGAACUUUUGAGAAUAUUAAAAGACAUUGAUAAAGCAUUUGGAUUUGUGAUCGCGUUACAACUAUGUCAAAGUUCCGGUUCCGCUGUAUCUUUAUUGUUACAAAUGGCGAUUUCUGAUGAACUGACAUUCGUGGGAAAGUUGAAGAUAAUGUUUUUCGUCAUCGCUCUCUUUUUCCUUUUGGGUCUAUUUCUUUGCAAUGCCGGGGAAAUCACGUAUCAGAGUGCGCAAUUAGCGGAUUCUAUUUUCUACUGCGGCUGGCAUGAGUGUCUUUGGGAAUACCAACCUGAGGGCAAAAAGAUAGGUCAGAUGGUCUUGAUAGCUUGCAUGCAAGCGCAAAAACCUCUCGUUCUCAAAGCUUUUAAAAUGAUAGAACUUACUUAUGGGACAUUUUUAUUGGUCAUAAAAACGACUUAUUCAAUUUUUGCUUUGUUCAACGCACAAAGCGGAAAAUCUGAAUAUAAAUAGUAAAGUUUAGAA